AUGAUUGCCAAGACAUUCCUCCUGCUCACCAUCGCCUUCUUCGUGGGUGAUGCCCGGCCCGGCGGGAAGUAUCAGUACGCCGGGGCCAAAGGAAGGCUCUUGUGUAACGGCAUACCACAGGAGGGAGCUCGCAUCAGACUCUGGGAUGAAGACGGUACGUACUUUUUGAAUAAAUUAAAGCCAUUCGUAGAGAAGUUCAGUUUUCUGGCUGAGGGUGCAAAAGCUUUUCGUAAAAAUUUUUCAAAAUCGAAUUUUAUGAGGGAAUUGAAUUUCAUGUGUUUUUGUGUUGGAAAAGCCUCAGGGAACAAAAAGAUGAAGGCUAGCUAAAGACAGCAUCUAUGCUAAGGCUCGGGCGCAGCUGGAAAAAUAAGCCUAGAAAAAUUUGCGUAUUUGAAAAUGAGGAUUUUUUCGCUAUAAGCCGACCUGCGCCCGAGCUGCAUCUCGCAAAAUUUCCAGCCAACUUUGGAACAGGAAAUUGGCCCAAUCAGACUUCGUACUUCUUUCUAUUUAUAGUCUUCCUUGACGACAGUAUGGCCGAAACAACGAGCGACAAGAACGGCUACUUUGAACUGAAAGGACAUGCCGAAGAAAACUUCGAGAGCGACAUCGACCCCAAAAUCAACAUUGACCACAACUGCGACGACGCUUGGAUUGUACGUAAUUCGUGCUGGGACAGCCCGAUUCCGGCGUAAAUCUGAUUUCGCUUCGAUUUCCAGCCGUGCGACCGCAGACUCACCAUCUAUCUUCCCGACAGCUACAUCACCAACGGCCGCUUUUCGCAUUAUCCGAAAAAACUUUACGACGUCGGCACACUCGAGUUGUCCGGGAAGAUGAGCGGAGAAUCCAGGGACUGCAUCCACUAG